UUUUUAUUUCCCAAUAGGGGGAUUUCACCAUAGAUUUGCUAGUGCCUAGAGGUACACCACAGACCGGAAACUCGAUCGCUGGCCGUUUUUUGCUCGCCCAGGAAAUUCAGGAUCGCUACAUGUGUAACGUCACUUCCGGUGAAGUGGUGGCGGGCAAUUCUAAACGGCGAACUGAACUGCGGGCGAAAGGAGGUUGCCAUGGCGGCAGGAGGGGGUGGCGGUGCUGUCCGCUGUCGACUAAGGCGGGCUCGAUCCGCUGGGGAGGCAGGGGCAGAUGCUGUUUCCAUUCUCCCAAGGCGCAGAUCUGAGAGGAACAUGGUAUCCACUGCUCAACCUGUUUCCCAGGGAAAGCCUCGCUUGAUGGCGAGCAAGAUGGUGGGCAGCCCAAUUCCAGUACCAUUUGCAGUGCGGCCAAUAACCCUAAAAAAGAUCAUGCCACGUAAUCAGCAGGUAAAAGAGUCCAUCAUAACCCCCAGGCGCAGUCCUCGGAUCUCCUUUAAAGAAGACAAGGAAAACGUCCCUGUGCAAAACAAUAAAGGCAAUAGCCCAGGCAAGGGUGAAGCCAAAGCAAAACUGUUGCCUUCGCCACCAAACCGUUCUUCGGGUUCUGAAGCAGGGGGCCUGCUUGGAGAAGCAGAUGUGCUGUCUCCGAUCAACACCAAUGCGCAGGAGUCCCUACCUGAGAAUGAGCGGGAUGCGGCCAUGGCCAAGAGAGUACGUCGAUCUUACAGCCGUCUAGAGAUCUCCUUCAGCCACAGCUUCCUGAAAGACCGGGAGUCCCCCAGCUCCAGUUUCUCUGAUACCUCCACACCUAACCGUGGCCCAGACAAGCGACACACGCUCUUUGGCUUCGACAAGCUCCUGGUUCCGGAAGGGCUAGACAGUGUACCUCCAGAGGACACAAGGACCAACCCCAAGUUGGCAACAACACUUCUGGGAUCCAGUGUCUUCAAGGAACCCGAUACAGACAUCCCAGGCAUUUCGUUUAUAAAGGAGAAACGGAAGAAAAAGAAGGUGCCACAGUUCAAUAAGACAGAGCUGGAUGAGUGGGCUGCCCAGAUGAAUGCAGAGUUUGAAGAAGCAGAGCAGUUUGACCUUCUUGUGGAAUAAAGAUGCUGCUUCCACUGGAACUUAGCGCACCAGUCACUGGAGCACUCUUUGUACAUAUAGAUCCGGGACCUCCCAGGACUGCACCUGAUCUUGAAAAUGCGAAGCCUCUUUGCUUUCGGGAGGACUUGCCAGCCAUUGCAUAGAUGCUGUUUUGUAGAUGGUUAUAAAAACAUCAGGACGUCAUGCAGGUCCAACUGCAUAGCUUUUUGGAUUCCUCUUGAGUUGUGACAGUGGCCAUAGUGUGUCAGCAGAGGAAGAGGAGGAGUUACUGGCUACAUUAAAAUAUAACAUCUCCUAAAACAGUUGUUUAUUUGGAACUAACCGCACAAGUCGGUGUUAUAUUUCUGUCCAGAAUUAGACUCAUAUGACACUUUAUGCUGGGGAAAUUAAUGGCUGCUUUUCCCAGCAGGCAUUUUUAACUGUCAAAGCAGACAUUAUUUGGACCAGGCCCAGCAUAUAGGAGAGUUGGUGGUGGAAUUUCCCGGAUACAAAAUCCCUGUCCAGCCCCCCUCCCAGCUUCUGUUAGCAAUGUACACAGCUCAACUGUGCCCCUCCUGUUUUCCCUACUGGGGCUAAUAGUUCCAGGAGGGCUGUCUUCUAAGGCACAGGCAUACCACCCUCAUCCACUAGCCAAGCCCCAAAUCAGAAUCAAAAGUCCCUAUGGCUGCUUUUGAACAUGAAAGUCCAUUUUGGGAGAUCUAGUCUCACAUCCCCAGUGUAUGGUGUCGUUUUGCUCUUCACUUUUUCUAUUCAACUGUUCUGAAUAUUCUCAAGGAGUCCUAGCUAGGUUCUUGCCUGUUUUUAUAGACGGCAGGUAUAGAAUGUUGUUUUUUCAUUUUCAAAAUGUGUGGCAAUGUAUGAAGCAGACCUCUCAAACACGCCCCCCCCGGUAUGAUUUUUUUAAAAUUAAGUGGUUUGUUUUUCUGUAUUGGCUUUCUAUGAAUUCAUAUUUUGCCUGCUUAGGAGUACAAAAAGAAAAGGAGCUAGGCCUUCUCUGAUUGGCUGUCUGGAUGUUUGUAGAUGAAUCUGUGGAUUGGAUCCCACUCUUUCCCCUGGUUCUUUGGAGCCUCUUGAGUUUGAAUGAAGUACUGAUGUUUAGCAGAAUAGGUCCACUGGAUCUAACUCCAUGAUUUCAUUCAAGAACCCCUUUCCCCAGCCUUUUCUGUCUUGUAAUAUGAAGCUGGAUUACAGGAGUUUGUCCUCAUGGUUUCGUUUCCUUGUUUGCGGGGUGGGGGGAGCAUCACCACAAUCAUGCAAGUUAGCUUUCAGAGUUUCUGAUCACUGUUUCAUGCAUAGGUUUUGGAGAGCUUGUUCCUUAUAAGGAGGUUUUUUUGAGGUGCGGGAUGCUGCAUAAGCUAGAAAAACUUACAGAAGACUCAGAGUAAAGAUGUAAUUAAGGCGAGUUGGCAAAACUGUGUUUGACUUUCAAAUCUUGUUACAGAAAUAGCUAUUAAACAUCUUUGCAACCUGUA